GCGGGUCGAUAUGUCGGGCGGGGGGCUGGAGAAGCCGCAGCUGAUCGCGCACCUGCAGCAGGCGCUGAACUACACUGCCUUCCAGGCCCUCUGGGUGCCGCGCAGCGCGCGCUUCCUCUGCCUCGGCAGCCUCCCGCGCGGCACCGGCAUCAUUCAGCUCUACGAGCUGCAGAGCGGCCGCCUCAGCCUGCUGCGCCAGAUUGAAAAGCCCAAGCCCAUUAAAUGUGGAACUUUUGGCGCUUCGUCUUUGCAGCAGAGAUAUCUAGCAACUGGAGAUUUUGGUGGCAACCUCAAUAUAUGGAACCUGGAAGCUCCAGAGAUCCCAGUCUACUCUGUGAAGGGCCAUAAAGAAAUCAUAAACAGCAUUGAUGGAAUAGGUGGCUUAGGGAUUGGGGAAGGAGCACCAGAAAUUGUGACAGGCAGUCGAGAUGGAACUGUCAAGGUAUGGGAUCCAAGACAAAAAGAUACUCCUGUUGCUAAUAUGGAACCAGUACAAGGGGAGAGCAAGAGGGACUGCUGGACAGUAGUAUUUGGCAAUGCCUACAAUCAAGAAGAACGUGUUGUGUGUGCUGGCUAUGACAAUGGCGAUAUCAAAUUAUUUGACUUAAAAACCAUGUCAUUGCGGUGGGAGACCAACAUUAAGAAUGGGGUUUGCAGUGUGGAGUUUGACAGAAAGGAUAUAAAUAUGAAUAAAUUAGUGGCUACAUCACUUGAAGGAAAGUUUCAUGUGUUUGAUAUGAGAACUCAGCAUCCAACCAAAGGCUUUGCUUCAGUUUCAGAAAAGGCUCACAAAUCUACCAUGUGGCAAGUUCGGCAUCUGCCUCAAAACAGAGAUGUAUUUAUGACCAGUGGAGGGGCGGGGAGCCUUCAUCUCUGGAAAUAUGAGUACCCUGCUCAGCGCUCAAAGAAGGAUUCAGAAGGAGUUGAAAUGGGAGUUGCAGGUUCAGUCAAUCUCUUGCAGAAUGUGACCUUGUCAACACAGCCCAUUUCUAGUCUUGAUUGGAGCCCAGACAAAAGGGGCCUCUGUGCCUGCACUGCAUUUGACCAGACUGUGAGGGUACUGAUUGUUACUAAACUCAACAAAAUUUGACAGAGAAACUAUGAUUUCCAAUGUGGAAAGUGACAUAAUUUGUGGCUUAUAUAUGAGAGAAGGAGAAACUCUUGCUUAUACCUUGAAUUUCUUUCUUAAUAAACUAGUUUAAAGUAUUUUUUAAAAUCUUUCUAUUGAAAGUUCAAAUAAACUCAGCUAUGGUUGUUCAAUUAUAGAUUAUGCUACUGUGACUUAGAGAAAGUUGCCUAGGCAUAAAACUUUUACCUUCUUGAAAUAUAUGUUUAUAUUCUUAAAACAAAAUGUGCCUUCUCUUUUAACCUACCUACACAUUAGGAAUUAUUUUAAGUUCUAAUUUAACCGCAGUGUAUCUCAUGUAGCACUAAUCUAUUCGUUCUUGUUACAUUGGGUAAUUAAGCACCUAGAAAUGCAUUUCAGGCAUAGUAACUUUCUCUGUACUUGACCACAUCUCUUAAAGUAUGUUGUAGUGACUCAGACUACCUUAUUGUGUUUAAAGAUAUUUAAAAACUGUAAUGAAUAUUAAGACGUGAAACACUCACAUCUAUUGGAAUAGCUGUUUCCUUAGAAAUGGUAUUAUAAUUAAGAUGUUGAACAAACGGACAGGGUUUUUUCAUGGUUAUGGCUCUUUUUGGAUUUUAUUUUGGUUUCUUACCAAUUUAUUACAUGGCAUCCUACAAAUAUAAAUGUCUGGAGUGUUGUUUUAACAUGAAGCACAUUAUUCAAGGAACCAGAGAUCUGGAGGAGGAUACAAGUGUAUUGGUUUACAAAAAGAAAACAGUUUUUAACAGUAAGCUACUCCUGUUGCAAAAUGGUGGAUUUGUCUGGUUCUUUCCUUGUCCUUUCCAUCAUGAAAAGCUUUCUACAGCAAUCAAAAUAGUAGCAUUUUAUAAAAUCAGAUGUUAGCAUAAUAUUCAUAAGAUAAACAUAUUAAAGGAACACUGUUAAAUAAAAGUAUAUUCAUAAUCCAAAAAAUGAAACACUAAGUAGCUGCAGUCACCAUUUCUGCCCCUGAGUUUCCCUGCCAUUUUCCCCUUAUUUUCAAACGGUUUCUCUCCCCUUGAAAGAUGCAAGUAAUAUUAGGAAAAGCAGUGAACUGGAUUAUUCAUUCUGCAGUCUAAUCCACAGAGUAAACAGGAAUGUGAAACCUGAAAAGGGGGAUGCAUUUCUUAUCAAGGAUUUGUCUUUUGCUGUAUACACUCUGGCUUCCCCUGUGACUGCUCUAUUCAACAACCAGAGAAGAACUUCUUUCUUGUGCCCUUACAUCCUGACCCAACUCAUGCAUAGGGGGAAAGAGGCAGAAACACAAACAUUGGUAUGCUGAGAGUUGAUAUAUGUGAGUGUGGCAAGUGGAAAAAGGGUUAUGGGAGUCAAGGAGAAGCAAAAUUGAGUGAUGGUCUUGAGCUAGUAGGCUGAAGCAAGUAGAGAGGAUCCAGAGGUAGGAACCAAGAGAGACAAGACUGGUGAAAUAGGAUGGAGUAUGUAGAAGUGGAGAGGUAGGAGCUGGAGGCAAGGAGUUUGGGUGGUUAGAGAGAGAGAGAGAGGGGAGACCAAUGAUUCUCAACCAGGGUGCUGCCUCAUUAUUGCUGCCGGGUGGAACUGUCCCACUGUGCCUUUCUUUCUGAGACAUAUUGUGGGGCUGGAUUGGAAAGUAGCUGCAGCCUGGCCUGACAGUCUGCCACAAGGCUGCUGUUGCUGACCUGCCUGAGAGCCCAGAUUAGUGGCAACACCACCACUACAGACAGGAUAGGGUAAAUGCUACCCCUGCCUCUGUGGUUCCUGGCAGGUAAGAGGCACCCCUGAGCUUCAUGUAUUGAGGCAGAGGCUGGGGGGGGUUGGGCAUGUGUCUUGCAUGGAAAAACGGAGGUGUUCCCUCUGCCCCUCUACAGGGAAUACUGCCAACUACAGAAAAGUUACAGAGGAAUGGCUCGAGCCUAAAAAAGCUUCAGAACAACUGCAAUAGACACAUGGGGACAGGGUGUAUAACAGCUGGGGUACUACAGUUCUUUAGGCAGACUAGAACUGAGCCCGGGAAUCCUCAGUCUCCACAUUCAUUUGCUGUAGGCAAAUACCUGUGGAACCAGAUGACAAAGUAUGCAUCAUCCUCCUCUCUACUGAUUAGGUGACACAGAAGGUAAGAGUGUGCUGCUGCAACCAGUCAUUCCCCUAGCUGGAGUGGUGGAGGACUGGGGUGGUCUAAGUUGCCAACAGAGAAUUGUGAUGAUAAUCCAUGAUGAGCGUCAAUACAAUGCAAUUUCUGUUUCCUAAAGAAAAGGAGUACACCGGGACCCCCUUCCUCCACAAAGCUAACCUUGUAUGAAGGAAACAGUGAGUUUGCCAAGUCGAGCACUUAAAAGUUAAGGAAUGCCAGAAUUAAGUGUGUUUGCAAUAUGAAUAGUUUGCUUUGCACAUACAUAUUACAAUGCAUAAUACAAAUAACUUAAGCAUCAGUGUCCUCAUGAAGUAGCUUAGUAAUAUCCUCAUUUUUAUACACGGGGAAACUGAAACUCCAAUUAAGUAACUGGCCCAUGGCCAAAUCCAAAAAGCUGGUUGUAACAGAGUGGGUUUUAUAAUUCGUGCUCUGCUGUCUAGGCAUGCUUGUUUUCACCUUGGAGGUCUCAGGUUCUCUAUGGGGACUGAUCUGGAUUUGGAUGAUUGUGCAGUAGGUUCCCUCCAUGUCACCCUUGUGUGAUGUCACCAAUUGGAUCAGGCCACUGGAUCCUUCAGAUUUUAAAGACUAUUACAAUGCAGUCUUUCAUUUUCCCCAAAGCCUGGACUUCAUCCAGUGUAUAGGGUAUAUGGUCCCUAAGAAUGAAACAGAAUUGUGCAAUGAAUUUGUCAUCUGUAGCUCCUCAGCCUCACUUGUUGCAGAAAUUGGAAGGAAUUUAGUGGAUGAAGCAGGGAACUGCAAGAAAAGAAAUUGCUGUCUUGUGUUUAAGCAGUUAUAUGUCACCCUAAAGAUCUGAUAUUUAUCUAUGCUUCUGUCCUGCUGUUGCUGAAUGAUGCCAGGCAAGUCACUUAAAUCCAAUUUUUCACAGUUUCAAGUUCAUUUGUUUAGUGCCUACUGUUAGAAACAUGGAUUUAGAUUUGGUAAGUUCUGAGCUCUUGCCAUAGCAGAUGAAGUCAAAUAUAUCUGAGCUUUGAAUAUAUUAAGUCCUUAGUACUCUGGAAAAUUGGAGCCUGGGUGUCUUCAGUUCACCACUCCAUAUUAGUGGACGCUUGAAAGUAAUGGUUUUAUUUCACUAACUGUAAAAUGGGGAUAAUACCCUCCAGUUUCCAGAGCAUUGUGAAGUAUUUGUGGACCACAGAAUAACCAUAAAGAAAUUAACUAACCCUUUACUGGAGGGAGCUUUUGGAUGAUGUACCUACUUAAAGACUGCAUCAUAUUAACUUGCCUGCUCUGUCUGUAUGCAACUUUAAGUCUGGCAUUUUCUAACUUUUGAGUGUUUGGCUUCACAAAAGUAAUGGUCUUUCAAUAUAGGAGGAGCUUUUUUUGUUUGUUUGAAAUACAAUAUUGAAAUAUGUGUACAGAACCUGUACAGAACCUAGACUCAAGCACAGUAGGAAUAUCAGGAAAUAAGAUGCACACACCAACCCUGAAGAAUUACAGAAUUUGAAGGAAAUAAUGCAAGAGCAAGAGUAUUUUCCAGUUUCAUUUUAAAGAUCCAUUGCAGGAAUGGGAUCAAUUGGCAUUGCAAGAGAUGAGUGAUAAAGGUCAACUGAAAGGAGUGUAUUUGAAGAAGUGUGUGAAAGAAAAGUGCUAAAAUGUAACACUUUAUAUCCCUAUUGGCUAACGAAAUCAUUUAUAUGUAACACUUUAUAUCCCUAUUGGCUAACGAAAUCUUGUACUCGUACAUCCUUCCAUAAUUAUGCCAAUCAUUUCAUUGUUGAUAUAUUUUAGAAAAAUGUAAAAUCUUAUUCUGAAUAGUCUGUUCAAAGCUGUAAAGUGUUACUUCUGUGCUGUUAGUGAUUUUCUUAGACAAUGUUGCUUAAGUGUAAUUUAUGUUCCAAAGAAAACGAAAUAGAUAUUAAAAAUAUAUAUAUUUCUGUAUUGCACAUGUCACCAGGGUAUUUAAAUGUUGAAGGAUGCUUGGACAAGUUGUAGAAGCAGGGACUGAAGCAGCCACUUUCAGCUAAUGCUCAGGUGGGUCCCUGUCACUUUCUUCCUAUCCUAAUCAUUGUAAUGCACAGCCAGGUCAGCAAGUAUGGAUGUGAGGAGAAGGAAUUGCUGAACCACUGCAGAUGCAAUUUGCAACUGUGUAGGGAUAAGUGUUUCCCCACCAGUAUCAGGUUCAGGGUGCUGUUCUUGGCUGUUUCUAUCCGUGGUGUGUGGGGCUUCUUAAAUGGGUUCUAGACAUAAUGCUAAUAAUAUUCUAGCCUUGCAGAGGACUUCAAAGCAUUCGGCAAGAAGUGGAUUCCACUCCUAUGACCUAGUUAGAUGUUCUCAUUUCAUGGCUAGGAAGGGCUGAGACAGACAGAGGCUAACAUACAUUCCUAAAUGUCACAAGCUUAAAUUUUUCAGCAGUACUGAGGCAGUGACAGAAAGCAAACACAUCUGUUAUUUGGAUUGUCCAGUACUAUUUCAUUAAUUGAUGUAUUUUAUAUAUUCUCAGGUCUACCUUGUAUUGCUUAUGCAGUCUUUCUGUAACAAAAACAGUACUUUUGCAGGAUUUCUCUCUGGUCACUAAUGCUAGGAGGCUUAAAAAUAUGACAAAACCCUUGGAAUGUCUAAUAUGCUUUACAGCAACAUCAAUAAUUUUACCAAUGUUAUGUGGACCUGAUCUUCUCCUUUCCUAAUAAAAAAAUCAAGAGAGUUUAACCAGGCUAAGUGAGAAAACAGAUCUUGUAUGGGCACGUCUACACAUGUAAUUAACGUGCAGAAAGCAUACUGCGCAGUAAACUUUCCCUGGAGUGCAUCUACACACGCACCCAUUAUGUUUCGUGCUAAACUAGCUUGUUAUAACAACGCUUUGCCUAUAAUGCCUUCCAUG